UAAGAAAUAUGAAAAUCUUCAUAAGGAUACGAGGGAGUGUCAAAAGACUUGAAACUUUUCAUUUUCUUUCAAGAUGUCAUUGUCCAGCUUGGUUGAUGAUAUGAAUGUGAUGCUCCACACAGCAGAUGCACCUUCAACCGAUAAUCGUUGCAUCUACAAGGUCCCCUCUGUUAUUCGCAAACACAAUGAAGACGCAUACACCCCUAAUUUCGUUUCCAUUGGCCCCUUUCACCACGGUCACCCCCAGCUCAAAAACAUGGAACGUCACAAACUCAUUUACUUCAAAGAUUUUCUCCAACGAACCAAUGCAUCUUUAAGCAUCUUGAUCAGCGACAUAUAUUCUAUCUUAUCUGAUUUCAAAUGUUGUUAUUCGGAAACCCUAUCAUUUCCUCAGGAUGAAGAACUUGUUAAGUUAAUCUUAAUCGAUUCCGGUUUUAUAAUUCAACUUUUUUGGAAAUAUUUUAAGAAAGAUUUCCUAGAACCUUGGUUAGAUGCUGGUAUAAGAUCAGAUUUAUUGUUACUUGAAAAUCAGCUUCCCUUUUUCGUUAUUGAAAAAAUUUACGGUCUUUCGUGGAGUUCUACAAAUGGUUCUUUUCUUGAACUCACUAUUAAUUAUUUUCAAUAUUUCAAUCAAUCAAAAUUGGUUUUUGAUAAUAAUAGUCAGUGCAUAAGGCACUUCACUGAUCUGAUUAGGAUAUUUCAUUUGCAACAUCCUAUUGAAAGUCAGCCAAGUAGAGACAAGAUCGACGAACAGAUAAUACAUCUACCGAGUGCAACUCAGUUGUUAGAAGCUGGAGUUAGGUUUCAAGUGAAGCCUAAAAGUGAGUGUUUACUUGACUUGGGGUUUUCGGAAGGAGUGCUUGAAAUUCCUCGAUUAGAAGUUGAGGAUGGGACCGAAAUUUUGUUUCGGAAUAUGGUUGCUUUGGAGCAGUGUCAUUACCCUUAUGAGUCAUAUAUUACUGAUUAUGUUGUUGUUUUGGAUUUCCUUAUAAAUACUGGUAAGGAUGCGGAUAUACUUGUUCGGAAAGAAAUACUGACUAAUUUGCUUGGAGACAGUGAUUCUGUGGCUAACUUGUUUAAUCGUCUUUGCAAAAAUGUUAUACAUCAUAAUAUCAGUUCUCAUUUCUCUAUUCUUUGCAAAAACUUAAAUGCAUUUUGUAGUAAUCCUUGGAAUAGGUUGAAGGCUUCUCUCAGGCGUGAUUAUGGCAAAACUCCUUGGCAAACUGCUGCUUCCGUUGCUGGAAUUUUACUACUUGUUCUCACUUUGCUUCAAUCAGUUUGUUCUGUCUUGCAAGUAGUACAAGCCUCCUAGUGAUUUCUUUCAUUGUUGAGUUCAUAAUUAUUGCUAUUAGUAUUAUUAUCAAUUUACGCUGUUUGUUUCAAUGUUUCAUUAUCUUUUUGGUGUUGCAUUAGAUUGAGAUAGUUGUUUUUCUGACUUCCAAAGUUCCUGAUAACAUAUGGAAAUAAUUAAAAAAAAAACCAGCAGUAGUUAACUACAGCCGAUUUUCUAGUUAUAAAUCAGUGGUAGUUAUCUACCGUUAGGAGUAUUUUAGACAUUUCUAUGUGUUAUUAGAAACUUUUGGAAGUCAGAAAAUCAAUUUUCUUAGAUUGAAAUUGUAAUUUUGUUUUGUAUAAAUAGGUGUUCUGCUAAAUAAAAGAGCAACUUGAUCAUGUAAUGUUGUUGAACAAAAUUGGUCUGAUAGUGUUGUUGGCAAAAUCUACGGGUGCAAGUAGAAACUCCUAAGUAA